AUGGCUCCUUGCCCGGGUCAGAAGAGAAGGGUCACUGCCGUCCGAGAGCAAAGCGCAGGAAGGGGAGGAGUGCGGUGGAGAGGGGCAGUUCUUUCCAUCGUCAGGAUAAGGUGGCAUUGGCCGGUGGCGACGACGUGCUACAUUCUGGGCCUGCCAAAGGACGGGGAGGGUAAGGGACGAGGGGCUGUAGGCGCUAAGGGCGACAGUGAUGGGGAGCGCAAGGGACGAGGGGCUGUAGGCGCUAAGGGCGACAGUGAUGGGGAGCGCAAGGGACGAGGGGCUGUAGGCGCUAAGGGCGACAGUGAUGGGGAGCGUAAGGGACGAGGGGCUGUAGGCGCUAAGGGCGACAGUGAUGGGGAGCGUAAGGGACGAGGGGCUGUAGGCGAUAAGGGCGACAGUGAUGGGGAGCGCAAGGGACGAGGGGCUGUAGGCGCUAAGGGCGACAGUGAUGGGGAGCGUAAGGGACGAGGGGCUGUAGGCGCUAAGGGCGACAGUGAUGGGGAGCGUAAGGGACGAGGGGCUGUAAGCACUAAGGGCGACAGUGAUGGGGAGCGUAAGGGACGAGGGGCUGUAAGCACUAAGGGCGACAGUGAUAGGGAGCGUAAGGGACGAGGGGCUGGAUCCAGCGACGGGGAAUCUGGUAGUUCAUCUGGCAGCGAAUAUGGGGACGAGGAGGAGGAGGAGGAGGAGGAGGAGGAGGAGAGUGAGGACCAAGAUCUGGAGCCGGAAAGCGAGGAGGCGGAUGAGGUGCGUCCCAAGAGAAAGGGGCGUGAUCGGAAGGCCAAGAAGGGCAUUCCUAAGAGGAACCGUGACAAGGGUCGGGACAAGGGCCGUAAGGGGCGCGACAGUCGUGGGAAAUCGCAUGGCAACAACGGUCGCCGGCGUGUGGUUUCCCAGGUUGUCCGUGUGCGCCCCAAAGUGAAGCCCGAGCCUGAAUUCUAUGCGGAGAUGGGAGUGAAAGCAACUGCUGCUCCUACUGGAUAUCUUGAUCGUAAAGACCAGACCCGAAGGAGGCGUGACGAUCGCGAGGACCCUUAUGCUGCUCUCAGAGGGCCAUCACUAAAUGCUGGGAAAGGAGCAGACCCGUUGCCUACAGGGUCAUGGCGUCAUAACAAGGAGGGAAAAGACCCACUUGCGAAGCGUCUCGAGACACGGGAUUCACCGGAUCUUGAUAAAGACGACUUUAAGCCCAAACGGAUCCUCACCCAAACCCCUCUGCCCUGCCUGCCCCACCUCAGGAUCCUAAACACAAACCCCUCUGCCCCUGCCCCACUGCCCCACCCCACUGCCCACACCCACUGCCCCACACCCACUGCCCCACACCCACUACCCCACCCACCCAUGGCUGCCUGCCUGGGUGGCCUCAGGCAUGCCGCAGCACCGCCUCUGCCAACUCACACGGCGACACCCUUCCCUGCUCUCCCCCUGCCUCCCCCCUCUCCCCCUCCCCUCCCUGUCCUCCUUCUCCGGUUCCUUCUCUCUCCUCCCUGUAACCUCUUCCUCCUGCUCUUUCUCCUGCUCCUUUUCCCGGCCUUAUCCCCUCCUUCCCCUCCUUGUCUCCUCACCCUUCUCCUCCUCCUUUUCCCCUUCCUCCGUCUUCCCCACCUCCUCCUUCUCACCCUCCUCCUCCUUCUCCUCCCCUCCUCCAACUGCUUUCCUCCCUUUCUCCCUUCCCCCCCUUCCUGGCAUCCUCUCUAA